AUGCAACGCGUUCAUGGCGACCAAGAUCCCUUGCCUGAGUUUACUAGCGACACACUCCGUUCGGUGAAGGCUUCGUGGGAUUUUUUCAUAGCAUGGCUAAAAAUCGUCUGGUUUGACAUAUUCGUCAUGUCGGCAAUAGGAGGCGCUGCUCUAGGCAUUUACAAUGCCCCUCUGGCCGCAACACGCAGCUUUCCUAUCACCUUCAACGGCUCUGGAGAUAUUGUAUAUCCCCAGUGGGCAUACCCCGACCGCGGUUGGAUCAUCGAUACCUGGUUGUCGGCGUUGUUAUCUGCCGCCAUACCAAUCGCCGCCAUUCUCCUCGCCCAGUUUCGUGUGAGGAACAUUUGGGACGUGAAUAACGGCAUCAUCGGCCUAAUCUUCUCCAUAUCACUCGCCACAUUGAUUCAAGUCAUAAUCAAACAGCUAAUCGGCGGAUUUCGACCCUACUUUCUGGCAGUCUGCAUGCCCGACCUCACGCGAGCAGCCAGCAACAAUUCAACAGGACUUAACGCCGUUGGCUUCCAGCAGAUCAUGUACUCAGUAGACGUCUGCACGCAACCAGACCGCGACAAACUCAAGAAUGCAAUGACGUCCUUUCCCUCAGGCCACUCAACGGCCGCCUUUGCCGGGUUUGUGUACCUUUUCUUGUACCUAAACGCUAAGCUCAAGGUCUGGGCAGACUACCGCCCAGCUCUCUGGAAGAUUGCGUUGACUUUUGCGCCUCUUCUGGGCGCUUUACUUAUCGCAUGUUCUCUCACAGUAGACCAGGCCCACAAUUGGUACGACAUCGUCGCCGGAAGUAUCAUCGGGACUGCUGUGGCGUUCGGGUCCUAUCGUGGAUGCUACGCUGCUAUUUGGGACUGGCGAUUCAACCACAUCCCUCUGCAGAGGCGCGACCAGUUUGUCUACUCGCCGGGAGACGGGACGGAAUAUCGGAAUGAUGUGUUCACGAGAUCUGGUGGCUGGGGAACGAUACAGGAAGAAGCAGCAGAGAAGAAUCCACCCAACAGGCGAAGCAGUGCUUAUUACGCUGAUCAGCAGCAGACUGCGUAUCACGGGGCAUCGGAUAGGGAUGUCCUGCCAUCACAGCUACCGCGAACACGCUAUAAACAGCAGAGAAACCGGCCUCGGGGAGAUGACGCUGUUUGA